AUGGAGGUGAAGUCAAAGGAAUUUGUGUCAUCUUCGGAUGAGUCCAGCUCAGACAUAGAGGAGCCUAAAAAGAAAAAAGCAAAGCAGGAAAAGAAAGAAAAAGAACCAAAGAAAAAGGCAGUAGAACCACCCAAAAAGAAGGCAGCAUCUGCUGCCAAAGGUCCAAAUGGAGACUAUAGUUUUCAGAUAGCAAACAAGCGAUUUGUGACUGUUAGUGAAUUCAGAGGAAAGGUGAUGGUUGGAAUUCGGGAAUUUUAUGAUGCUGAUGGCGAGUUAAGACCUGGAAAGAAAGGGAUAAGCCUGCCUCUUGAUCAGUGGCGGCAGCUGAAGAAUCAGAUGGACGAUAUAGAGCAAGCCAUCAGUGACCUUUCCUAG